AUGUGUUCAACAAUAUUAGGUGUAAUAAAUGGUGAAACUUCAUCAUAUGAUGUUAUUACCAAAAAGGAUGGUUACGAAAUUCGUCGAUAUAAUAAACUAUAUCUCGCACAAAUUUCGUACGAAGUUCCAUUAAACACCGACUUUUUGUCUGAAUCAGGACUUAGAUUUAUUCCAUUAUACAAAUAUAUAUCUGGUUGUAAUGAUACACAAACAAAAAUGUCGAUAAUGGCUCCAGUUAUAAUGCAAGAAGCUGAAAAUAAUUGUAUUAUAAAGCGUACAAUGUCAUUUAUAAUGUCUCCAACAAAAUUUACUUCAUUAGAUCAAAUUCCAAUACCUAAUGGUAAGAAUAUUCGUAUUGUUGAACAAACUAAUUCAUUUUAUUUGGCUUGUAUUACAUUUAAUAUGACAAUGACAACAGAAAAAAAUGCAGCCAAAGAAAAAGAACUUCGAGAAGCUGCUCACAGAGAUGGAUUUCAAUUGUCCUCAAAUAAAAAUGAUAUACUUUAUUUUGGUUAUAAUCCUCCAUUUAUAAUUCCACAUUUCAAACGAAAUGAUAUUUGUAUUCCAGUUAUUAAUCAAGAAUUAAAUUCUCAUUAG